AUGGCUGCCGCUCAUGCCGUAAAUUGAAUGAUUAUUAUUAUUCAAAGGCUACGUAUGGUCACAUUGUAUUGGAAACUAUAUGGUUAUAAGUGAUGAAAUAUCUUCCGCGCCGUUGUGGAAAAAAAUAUAUAAAUUUAUGUAAAAUAUAUAAAUGAAUUAUGCAUUAGAAAUAGUAGACCUCUUUUUUCAUUUCUUACUUCAUCUUUAACAUUUAAAUUUAGUGCAACAAGAUUUCUGUGCAACUUUCUGUCAUCCGUUGUGCGUACUUUUGAAAACAUCAAGGACUAAAACUGUUUCUAACAAGUGCGUAUAUACUAUCUACCAGCAUCUACUACUGCUUAUUACCUUUGAUGACGUCACCUUCAUCCAGAGAUAUAUAACGAUAAAUCAUCGUUAGAAAAUCGUAAUUGGCGCUAAACUAAAUUCAAACAGAACUGCCAAACGCAAAGGCUCAUUCACAUUCCAUAACAACGGGCAAACGGGUCUCCGCUCUGCCAUCUAGGAGUGACAUGGGAAUCAAUUUAUCUCUAUCGAAAGUAGCGGUACGCAACAAUAUCAGCCAGAGGUGAAUUUAACCUCUGUUAGCUUCGUAUCGUAAGCUAGGUAUAGUUGGACCCGAAGGUUGGACUUAUAAAACUAUGCUUUUCCAUACGUAAAUAAGGAAAGAUUAUCAAAAAUUCCUGUAUGGUUUGCAUCAAUUCGAUCAAUUAGAUACUUUCCAUAAUGAAUAUUGUGCGACUUAGUUCGAGAAACGUAAUUUUUAUUCUCCUGGCAAUUUUGUUAACUACUGUAAAACAAGGCUCCAUGGGUUAUGAUAGUAUGAUUAACUAUGCAUUAAAAGAGGCUAAUGCAAAUUCUACACCUGCCCAUAGUAGCAAAAAGGAAGAAACAAUGAGAUUAUGUCCAAGUGGUACUGCCUGUUCAGAGUUAAGUGGAGAAUGUUUGAAAUGUAAUUUAAAUACGAGUUGUAUAUAUGGAAUGGUGUAUAUUGCCAAUUGUUCUAUUUUGGAACAUGUUGACUGUGUUGGUGAGCAAACCUUUCAAAAAAAAUACAUAUGCCGUUAUUGUUAUCAAACAGAACAUUGGGAACAUGACUGCCAUCAAAAAAAUUCUUGUAGUUCAGUGGCAUCCCCUCGCCAAUAUUAUAGAACUAACUGUACAGUGAACAAUGACAUACUAUGUCUAGGGAGACGAAAGUUCAUGAAAAACUUACUGUGCAAUUGGACUGUAGGGUAUCGCUGGUCUACUGCCUUAAUAUUAAGUGUUACCUUAGGGGGUUUUGGAGCCGAUCGAUUUUAUCUGGGCCAUUGGCAAGAGGGAAUUGGUAAACUAUUCAGUUUUGGAGGACUUGGUGUAUGGACACUGAUUGAUGUAAUACUUAUUUCUAUGAGAUAUUUAGGCCCAGCGGAUGGAUCAUUAUAUAUUUAACUGUUUCCAAUGGUAACAUGAUCUAUAUUGUUUAUAGAAGAAGCAAACUCCUUAGUUUAAAUGUGAAUGUUAAUGUGUAAAAAUAAGAGCAUUUUAUUUAUUACCUGUAAAAAAACUGAACUAUAAUGUGAUAUGUAUAUAAUAUAUUGAAUAAUUCUCUUUCAUAAAUAUAA